AGAGAGAGAGAGAGAGGAGACACAAAUUGCAAUAGAUAACGAGACAAAUCCACCUGGUUCGAUUCUCUUAUUCUACAGUUUAGGAUCUAGGCAUCCAUUUCCUCACUUCAGCUCGGAUCCAACUGGUAAAACCCUUUCGUUUUCACUAUCAGCAGCUUCAUCUCGCUCUGUGGAUCGGGUUUGCCGUUGGUGGAGUGCGCUAUCGGAGCUCCUUUCUUCGAAUUUAAUGAUUAGAGAGAGUGGAGGGGAGGAUUUUCAUCUGAAAGAUGGGAUUGAUCCAUCUUUGACGGAAUCGAGGAAGGGUGUUCUGAGCAGGAGAUAGUGGCGUUUGGAUUGAAUUUUUUGGUGGUGGAUUAGUGUUGCCGAAAGAGAUGAGGGUUGAAUGGAAUCUAUUUGGUUUUCAUUUGCAGAAGGUCGUAUUUCCAUUUAUAAUCCUUCCGCUGCACUUUCAUGGAUUCUUUUCACUUAACCCCGAAGGGUUUUUAUUAUUGGCCUUUCGAUCUAAAAUUAAGAUUGAUCCAUUUGAGGCUUUGCAAAAUUGGGAUGCUAAAGAUGAAGAUCCAUGCAAUUGGAAUGGCGUGCAAUGUGUUGAUGGCAGAGUCGAGGCAUUGGUGCUAUCUGUCAACAAUUUUACUGGAACAAUUCCUAAUGAAUUUGGAGGCUUGUUAAUGCUGGAGUUAUUGGAUUUGAGGAGUAAUCAUUUGAGCGGUUCAAUUCCAUUGGAGCUUGGGUAUUUGCCAUCACUCAAGUGCCUUUUGCUCUGUGAAAACAAAUUUGAAGCUGGAACUCAUUCCUGGAUGGAGAAGAUUAACAUGAAAUUUCAACAGAAAAACAACAAAAACCUUCCUUGUGUGAACACAAAAUUUGGGCUCUGGUCAAAGCUUAAAAACAAAUAUUUGCAGUGGCAUGGGGACAAAAUUGGAAGCAAUUUCUGUACAGCAACCUCAUAUAUUUCACAACCGGUACAUGAUUUACAUAUCGUUCGACGCAAUCUGCUUCAAGAAUCAAAGAAUCUCCCUUCUGCUCCUGCGAGCAGUGCCUCUCUACAUGCUGUUUCUGUUCCAUCUCAUGGAAGUGGGUCAUUUGCGGCGAUACCAUAUUCAAAAGGAGCUAGUAGUAAAAAAGCUCCACCAUUUGCUUAUCCUUCCUCAGUUCCUGUUGAACCUGACACAAUGGAGCAGGAAAACUGGAAAAAAUGGAUUUUUACAGUGAUAAUUCCAAUAACUGUCUCUAUUAUUAUUGUAAUUAUGGCAUUCAUUGGGGUUUAUAUAAGAAAUGUGACUGUAAUCUAUGCUUGGAGGACUGGACUAAGUGGUCCGCUACGAAAUGCUUUUAUAACAGGUGUACCGAAGUUAAACCGAGCAGAACUCGAAGCUGCUUGCGAGGAUUUUAGCAACAUCAUCAUCACUUAUCCAAAUUCGACUGUAUUUAAAGGGAUAUUGUCAAGUGGAGUUGAAAUAGCAGUGGUUUCUACAAUAGCUACAUCUAAAUUUGAUUGGUCUGAAAAAUCAGAUUCUCUAUUCAGAAAUAAGAUAGACACAAUCUCAAGAAUAAACCACAAGAACUUCGUUAACCUUCUGGGUUACUGUCAGGAAGAUGAUCCUUUUAUGAGGAUGAUGGUGUUUGAAUAUUCGUCUAACGGGACACUUUUUGAGCACCUUCAUGUGAAAGAGUUUGAGCAUCUAGAUUGGAGCACUAGAAUGAGAAUUAUAAUGGGCAUUGCUUACUGCCUUCAAUAUAUGCAUGAUCUCAAGCCAGCAGUAGUACACCCUUUUUUGCAGUCAAGCUGUAUUUUUAUAACAGAUGAUUAUGCUGCAAAGAUCGCAGACCUUGGAAUCUUCAGUGAGCCGGUUGGAAAAGAAAACGACUUUUUAAAUGAGAACAAAGACAAUUUUGCGGCAGCGCCGACUUCUCAUCCAGCGAGCAAUGUUUACAGCUUCGGAAUUCUGUUACUGGAAAUCAUUUCAGGAAGAAUGCCAAUCUCUGAAGAUAAUGGUCUCCCUAUCUCAAACUGGGCCAUGAGACACCUGAAAGAUAAGAAGAGCAUCAAUUCUCUGAUUGAUCCCUCACUAACCUUCAACAAAUACAAUGAGCUACAGAUCAUCUGUGAGGUAGCUGAAGCUUGCAUCCAUGAGGAUCCCAAGAGCAGACCAACAAUGAAAGAAGUCUCCUCCUCGCUCAAAGAAGUCCUCGCAAUCGAACCCGAGGCGGCGAUGCCGAGGCUUUCUCCACUCUGGUGGGCUGAACUCGAAAUCCUCUCGGUUGAAGCCAGUUAAACCAUGAACUGAGAGCUCAAGCUCUUAGCUGUAAUUAGAUGUUGUAAAUUGAAACCAUAUUGGGUUUGUGCUGUUAAUGUUGUUUUUUCAGACUGUUUGGAGUUGAAUUCAGGAAUUAUGGACUUAUUUUAUAGUUUGAGAUGUUAUGAUU